UAACCAACCUAAAAUCACACAUCCAUUUAUUCUUCACUACGUUAUCUACUGCCAGUUCUCAAUGCUCUUUGUUCUUGUCUUGCCUACUUUCUUUUUGUUUCUUCUCUUUUAGCCUCUUUCCUUCUUCUUUUUUCUGUUUGUGAUUUUUUUUUUAAUAGUAUUUUUGAGUGAGAAAAUUAUUCAAAAAUGGCUGUAGCUAUGGCUUCUUGUGCUCUCGGUGCUCACCUCAGUAAUGCUAUUCUGAAAGCCUCUGAAACUCGAGUUUCAAGUGGGUUUUUCAUCAGAGGCGCCAAAUGUUUCUCCAUUUUUCAUCAGAGAAAAUGGCUAUCUUCAGCCACUACAAUCACUCCACGGGCAUCGACUUCCACUGUGGAGGACGGCAAACAGGAUGCAAGUCAGAGUGAAAGUGAUACCGUUCCAACUCCAGUCGUUAUUAUCGACCAAGACUCUGAUCCAGAUGCGACUGUUGUGGAGAUAACUUUUGGGGAUCGGCUUGGAGCUCUUCUUGACACUAUGAAUGCACUCAAAAAUCUUGGACUCAAUGUUGUUAAAGCAAAUGUUUUCUUGGAUUCUUCUGGGAAGCACAACAAGUUUGCCAUCACUAGAGCUGACACAGGUAGAAAAGUAGAUGAUCCAGAGUUGCUUGAGGCAAUUCGCUUGACAAUUAUAAACAAUUUGAUAGAGUAUCACCCGGAAUCGAGUACCCAAUUAGCAAUGGGAGCAGCCUUUGGAAUAGUGCCACCAAAACAACAGGUUGAUGUGGAUAUAGCAACCCGCAUAAGAAUCAAUGAUGAUGGUCCUAACCGGAGUUUGCUUUCUGUGGAAACAGCUGAUCGCCCGGGAUUAUUGGUGGAUCUUGUAAAGAUCAUAACUGACAUCAAUAUUGCCGUUCAAUCAGGAGAAUUUGACACUGAGGGGUUGUUGGCCAAGGCAAAGUUUCAUGUUAGUUACAGGGAUAAACCCAUUAGCAAGCCUCUCCAGCUGGUUCUUGCUAAUAGCUUGCGAUACUUUUUGAGGCGUCCAUUCACAGAGGAGGCAAGUUUUUGAGCCUUAUAGGGGACCAGAUUUAGGAUUAUAUAUUCAAGGGAUGUUGUUGUUUCCACUUUUGAAGGGAUAUGUAUGUAUAACCAAAAAGAAAAAGGAAAAAGAAGAAGAAGAUAGAACGGUGAACUGAAAAUCCAACACAUUUAAAUUGGUAAAAUUUCCAGCUAAAACUGCAAUGUAAAAUGGUAACUAUACUUAGUUAUAGUGAUAACAUUAUAGUAACCCUUGGUGGCAUUUGCUGAUAAUGAAAAGUUAGAGAGAAAUGGCAUUGGAUUCA